GAUUGCCCCGAACAAUGCACUCGCGGCAAGCGCGUCACACAACCGGUCAUUCUCCCGCGAACGCGCGAUGGUGUAACCGUUGCAUUUCGGUGAAAAUUGCAGCCGUAUUAAUUUUCAAUCGCAAGAAAAAGGUUCGCGUGUUAGCGGUGGUUCGUUUGAGUGAAUUGUGUAUGUACUCGGUGACAGAAUAGUCGAGAAUAUCGUGUGCAUCGUGAGCGAUGAACGUGACCACCAUCGGUUCGAUCAGGUUGGAUUAUAUUCGCGAUUCAACACGAACGCAUCAUUUUUAUAUGAUAGGAUAUUGAUGUUGCUGAUUUCGACGUGUUGUUCUAAGUGAGGUGAAAAUUUUUAGCAGUUUUUUGAGGUUAUGUUGUGUGUACAGAGGGCGUGACAGUACCGGGCCGCAACUAGGGGUUGGCCACCGUUUCGCGCGCUACUCUCCCGCGCUUUAAGAAGAAAACCUUCUCGAUAUUUCAUUAGAAAUAAAUAUUCCAGCCAGUACGUAGCGGCCCUAACUAAUUAUGCAAAGUUUUAGUAAUAUUGCGAACCAUUCCAAGCCCUGGUAAAUAAUAUUUCGACAUCAAUUUGCCAGAGUCAACGUAGAGACUGUGCAUUAUGGCGAGUGUGUAAAGUGAACUCUGGAUGCACGGACCUCCUAUAAUUUUCUAUUUUACUCUGGAUAUUCCAUAGUGAUUUUUAAUUAUCCGGUCUCUGAAUAUUCCUCAAGAUCCACUCGAUCCGUUAAAAAAAUCAAAACGCACCUGGACCUUCGUCGUUAGAUAAAAUACGUCACCAAACGACGAACAAGAUGCCACAAACGAGCUUGCAGGAAAAGCAGCCAUCACAGAUUUAUCUGGCAACAAGCAAGCCACAAACUCUGAAACGUAAACGUCGAAACACAGAGAUCUCUGAGGAUGCAGAAAAUAUUUACCCACCUAAGAAGGUUGCCUCGAUAUCUUCUGGUCACACACCAUCCAACGAAACUUGCCACUCGACUUCAACUGCAGAUGGUCUUCGUACUCCACAGCAGCAGCAGCAGCAGCAGCAACAACAGCAGCAAACCUCACCUUUAACAGAGCAGCAGGAUCCAAUUAGCUGGUCUGAACUCAGGAACGCAACUUGCUUCCUGACCCCAUCCGCGUCCAACGGUGGGCCCAACAGGCCCAGUCCCCUUCCUUCCUUUCCUUGGGCAGACGGAUCACAAGUAUGGUCACUGAUGUGUCUAGGGGAUCAGAAGACUUUGACUCAAAGGGAUCCUCAGAUGUUUCAAAGGCAUCCCACCCUUCAACCUCGAAUGAGAGCUAUUCUGUUAGACUGGCUUAUCGAGGUCUGCGAAGUCUACAAGUUACACAGGGAGACUUAUUACUUAGCAAUGGAUUUCAUUGAUAGGUAUCUAUCGACUCAUCAGAAUGUCCCCAAAAACCAGCUUCAACUUAUUGGCAUUACUUGCUUGUUCAUUGCUGCUAAGGUUGAAGAGAUCUACCCUCCUAAGAUAGCGGAAUUUGCAUACGUCACGGACGGCGCCUGUACAGAGUCAGAAAUACUUGGAAAAGAACUGAUAGUUCUGAAGGGACUGGGAUGGAAUCUUUCUCCAGUCACAGCGCCUGGUUGGCUCAACAUUUAUAUGCAAGUGGAAUGUGGGGAUACAUCUCGUCCAAACGCGUUUGUUUACCCCCAAUACGGCGGUCUUAAAUAUUCUCAGGCUGCCCAACUCCUUGACUUGGCAACGUUGGAUGAAAGCUGCCUCAAAUUUCCUUACAGUCAUAUAGCUGCCGCAGCUGUUUAUCACAUACAAGGAAGAGAGUGCGCCUUGAGAGUAUCGGGCUUGACAUGGGAACAAUUAUCGCCGUGUGCAAGAUGGUUGGACGCAUUCGCCAGCACCGUUGCUGAAGAAGUUCCACAACUUCUGUUACGGUCCGCCAUACCGCCCAUAGAAUCCCAUUCCGGGUCUGGGCUAAGAGCGGCAGUGCCUAAUAUAGUUAUGGACGAAUCACAUCGCAUGCAAACUCACGUAGUAGAUUUAAAUAUGUUGGAGCGAGCCCAGCAACGGUUGACAACCGAACUACCUCUUGUCGAGUCUGUCAACCCGCAAGCAGAGUUCGAUUCUAACAGUAGCCUUAAUAGAAGUGGCAUUUUAACCCCACCCUCAAGUAGCCAAAAACAUUCGACAACUCCGCCCCGACUUCCACCGCCACUGCACCCUUAUACUUAAGCUGUAAUUGACUUUAUAAUGAUGGCUUGAGUAAAAUGAGCAUAAAACCUUGUUAUAGUUAAUUAAUCAUCAAUGGCAACCAUCGUAUUUAAACCAUCGUGAUAUCUCUUCCGACACCGUUUGCUGCGCAACUUUUUGCCAUAAGUAAAAGGGCUUGCACAGGGAUUAACAUAACACUGAUAUCUUCAGUCAGAAAAAUUUGGGGCAAGUUCGAAAAAAAAGGUUCAACUCUAAAGUUGAAAGUAGAAAACUAAACUAAAGAUAGAAAAGUAAUGCUCAUUGUUCAAAUUUUUCAAGAUGUACACGCUGUUGCCAGAUGGGCAUAAAUAGUCAUUUACAGAACCAAGAAUUUUUAACGGUUAAUAUCAGUUGAUAAUAAGCUACAAUUUUUCACACAACUUGUAGCUUCCCUAUAUAGCUUCAUUUGACGAAAAUUAAUUAAAAGAACGAAGAAGUGAUCAAAAUUUGCUCAAAUUAUGACCAUUUCACUCUUUGUAUUAACAGUGUUGAAUAAGAUGCAUAAUUUUUAAUAGAUAAAAAAAUUAUUUAAAAAUCGAAGCCUUAGACAACUGCUCUUGCAUCCUCAACUUGAAACAUCAAGUGUCAUUCGUUUCCUCUUAUUUCUCCAUUUGUCAAAUAGUUCAAGAGAAUAUGUAGUUGAACAAGCUGUACCGUAUUAAUUUUUACCUUUUCAAUUCAAAAUUAAAUCAGAGUUUAUGAACUUGCCCGGAUUGAUAACUAUAAAUUAUUUAAAGUGUUUGGCAUAACUUUCGUGGCGGAUCCUGUAGACAAUUAAUUAUCCUAAGAUUCAUUUUAAUGGCUUUUGCACGCGAGCUAAUUUCUUAAUAUUCGUUUUUUCCACUUUUCAGUUUAAUUCGCAUUAUAUGCAUCUAGUAAUUUUUCAUUCUAAGCAUCAUUUAGUAAAGUAACUGUAUCUUGUAGCAUUCUUAAUUCUUAUCGGGUGCUCACAUGUGGGGAUCUUCCGAGCAUUGGUCAUAAUGCGGAAUUACACAAACUCAAGAAAAAAAGGAAACAUUACUCAGUCAAUUUAAAUAUGACUGAAUAAUUCUUCGAAUGUGCAGAAACAAAUUUACUUAUGAUUUAAAAUUGAUUAGAAAUUUUCUUUAUCAAUACGAAUAAGUAAUAUUACAGAUAUUUGAUUCUAUAGUAGUAAACUGGGGAUUUGUUUGUUACCCUUCGGAUAAGACUGACCAGACCAGUCGCUUUAAUAAUUCUCACUGGGAUCGUUUAACUACUGGCUGUAAUGAAACUUUGGGAAUAGUGAAUAUAAUCCAUCCUAACAUAAUAUAUUUAUCUUAACAGCGAAUUUCAUUGUUCUGUAACUGAUUUUUGUACAUAAUACUAAUUGUUUAUUGUGUCUAUUAUGUCAGAAAUUGAUAACGUAUAUAUUGUUGAUGUUUAAUGACUAAUGACACAUGUCCUAAGGCCUGAAUUAACGGAGAAAGAAGAAAAAAAUGAAAAAUGAAAAAAAAGUGAUAGAUUAAGUAAUUCAUGUUUUAAGGUCCUAUAACAAUUCUACAUGAUAGACUCGAUCAGUUUUUUAUAGGUAUAUAUCUAUAUACAUAUGGCUGUAUUAAUUUCUAAGUAGCUACAAGGGCAUAGAACAUUCAUAUGUAUUGCUGGGUUAUGACUUGUGGCAUUACUGCCAUGGACUAAUAUAUUAUUAUUUUUUUUUUUUUGCAUUUUAUGUCCUUGCUGUUAACGCCGUCUAGAAUGUUAACUUACGUAACAUGUUAGAAAAUAACUUAGGUCCCGAUUCGGUUACACACGAUCAUUUUUCAGUGCAGAAUAUGCAUUUUCAUAGAGAUUGGAACCUCUUGAUUUGAAUUUCUGAAACGGAU